CAGCGUGCCACAGCAACCGCUCCUGACACCUGUUGCCUUGGAGAUGACAGGCCGGAAAAAAGAAAGAGGAUAAGUCAUGUCGUCCGCAUUGCUGCUGAAUCUGCUCCGGCGUUGUGGUCAAGCCACCGUCACCAGACCGGCUGCCCUCUCGCUACGAUCCCAUCCAGAAACCUCCACAGGGGCGGGGCAGGUGGGUGGGGCUUUGCUUGGGGUUGUAGGCGUGCGGCAGGCCAGUGGUUCGGUCCGGUUUGACAUUGAUUGUAGCAAUCAGCCAGUGACCUGGGACACAUUUGGAAUCUGGGACAGCAGGAUAGAAGAACCAAUACUGCUGCCAUCGAGUAUAAGAUACGGAAAACACAUUCCGCAGGUUAGUCUGUCUCGGGUUGGCAGUGCGUCAGUUUUGGGUCUCAGGAAGCAGAACGAGGACCGUCUCCGCUUUGCCCGUAUCCAUGACAACCUGUUGUACUUUGCGGUGUUUGAUGGCCACGGCGGGCCGCACGCUGCAGACUACUGCUACACCUUCAUGGAGAAGUUCCUCAGAGAUGCUUUAGAGGACGACGACAGCGAUCUUGAGAGGGUUUUGAUGAAAACGUUUGUGAAUGUAGAUAAAGCUCUGCACGCACACUUCAGUGUCAUCAACAAAGACUCCUUCCUCAAAGCUGGUACCACAGCAACGGUCGCUUUGCUACGCAAUGGCGUGGAGUUGGUGGUCGGGAGCGUCGGUGACAGCAGGGGGAUGCUGUGCAGGAAGGGACGGGCCAAAAAACUCACCAAGGACCACACGCCGGAACGCAAGGACGAGAAACAACGGAUCCAGCAGAAUGGAGGCUUCCUGACCUGGAACAGCGUGGGCCAGGCCAACGUUAACGGGCAGCUCGCCAUGACACGCAGCAUCGGAGACUUUCACCUGAGAAGCAGCGGCGUCAUCUCAGAGCCGGAAACCACACGUGUCAAUGUCCAACACACCAGCGACUCCUUCCUGGCUUUGACCACUGAUGGAAUCAACUUCCAGCUGAGUGACCAGGAGAUCUGUGAUGUCAUCAACCAGUGUCAAGACCCGAUGGAGGCUGCAGAGGUCAUCGCAGAACAGGCACUGCAGUACGGGUCGGAGGACAACGCCACGAUCAUCAUCGUCCCACUGGGAGCGUGGGGGAAACAUCGGAGCUCAGCCGCCAUCUACAGCAUGAGCAGAAACUUUGCUUCAAGUGGGCGAUGGACCUAAUGAGAAGAGACUUUGAAGUGAAGGACACAAAUGUUUUAUUUUGUUUAUUUUUUAAUAUCAAAUGUUUACCAAAGGAACAAAAAUCAUUUGACGUCCAGUUUGCACAUUUGUAUCUCAUUGGUACUGACUGUUUCCUUAUAGUAUAGUGGUUGCCAAAGGGGCUGGUGCACGCAAUAAAGGUCCCAAAAUGGACUUCAUCGGGACAUCUUUGAAAUUUUUCUCCGUCCGUGUGACAGUGUGACAGAGGGGUGCAGAGUUACCCGCUAAUCCAAAGGAAGCUGAUGGCCUUAUUGUGUUCAGGGUCAUAAUGCAGACAACCACCACCCAUAACACCAAGGAGUGAACUUUGAUGGCCUCAUUUGAGGCCCUUCCAGAAAUGCAGUUCCUUGACUGGCCACUUGAGGCUGGCUCCAAAACAGAGUACAUUCCCAUAGAAGUCCAUGUUAAAUUAUCCAACUUCAGAGCAGAAAUAAACAUGUUUACAGCCUGUUACA